CACACGAACGCAUACCUCCACCCACAGAGUACAUUUUUUGAUAGGGAACUGUCACGUGCUUGCUAUUAUCUGCAGUGUCGGUUUUGGAGGUGUUGGAUAAAAGAUUAAGAAGAGGGAAGAUAUGGCGACGACAGAGACGAAUGGCGGGUUGAUGGAUGUUGUGCUUGAGUUCACCGGUGGUCUCGAAUCUCUAACUUCGUCGAAGAGGAUGCAUAAAGUUUCUAUCCCCUCAACGCUAGAGGGGAGAUCAACGGAUGUAGCGGGUCUUGUGCGCUGGGUGGCGAAGGAGAUGAUGGGUGGUGAUGGGGGCGAGAUGUUCGUCCAGGGGGAAGGAGUACGCCCAGGGAUCCUCGUCCUAAUAAACGACGCUGAUUGGGAACUCGAGGGGGGGGAGGCGUAUCUGGUGCAGCCGGGGGAUAAUAUUUUGUUCGUGAGCACCCUUCACGGCGGCUGAAACAACCCCUCAACACCACCACUACUACGGGGCGUGGGGGAUCCUAGUUUUCGUCAGAUGGGUGACGAGAACAGCGCACAGAGCGAUGGGGGGGAGAGAGGAAUGAUGGAGACACUUGGGGUGCCUGGCGCGGCGCGGCGCGGUGGCAAAACGAUAUGAUCGUUGGUGUAUACCACGUGGUACUGGACUUCAGAAACUCGUUUGCGGAGACGACACUGGAUACUAUCACAUAGACAUAGGCAUGAAUAGACACGACGAGGAUAUAAACAAAUACACGUUCUAUAUAUAUAUGUAUAUGUACACACAGCUAAAUUCCAACGCUACAAAUCAAAGCCAAAGCAAAAACGCAU